AUGAAUUCGGACAAAGCAAAAAGGCAUGUAUCGUCAAUUCCACAAUCGGAUGAUAUUGAACAACUAUUUGAAAGUAUCAAAUGUACGAAUGAGUUAUAUUCAUUGAAGCAUAUGGAAAUAAAUAAUCAACUGGAUACUAUUACGUGUAUACCAUGUUUAAAGUUUAAAAAACAUGCACCAAAACAUUUAUUAAGUACUAUUAAAUCUUCGUUUGGCUCAUUUGAAUACGUUGAACAAGACGCGACUCGAGUUCAAUCUGAACGUUUUCGAAAUUUAAAAAAAGCUUUAAGACAUCAUUAUUUAAACAAACUACACAUCUGGUGUGUAGAAGAAGAUGAGAAACGAAAGCAAUUAUUCGACGAUUUUUUAAGAAAAAAUGAGAAAGCUGGAUGGAAUGUUGGUCGAGCAGCGUUAUUCUGCAUUCAAGGUGGUCUUGGUGGUCUGAAAUUUGUUGAUACAUUGAACUUAUUGGAUAUCUCUGGAGCAUCAGUUGGAACUUACAGGUAG